GCGCUCUCUGUACCUCCAUUUCACACUUCCACGGUAUUUCCGAAACACAGGAGAGGCACAGCAAAGGCGCCAUGGGAACUUCGGUACAGGUCACUCCACUCUGUGGAGUGUACAACGAAAACCCUCUUUGUUACCUUCUCUCUAUCGACGGUUUCAACUUCCUUGUUGAUUGCGGAUGGAACGAUCUCUUUGACACUAGUCUUCUUCAACCACUCUCGAGGAUAUCUUCAACCAUAGAUGCUGUUUUGCUAUCACAUCCAGAUAUACUUCAUCUUGGUGCCUUGCCAUAUGCCAUGAAACACCUUGCACUGUCUGCUCCAGUUUAUUCGACAGAGCCUGUGUACAGACUAGGCCUCCUAACCAUGUAUGAUCACUAUCUCUCACGGAAGCAAGUUUCAGAUUUUGACUUGUUUACUCUGGAUGAUAUUGAUUCUGCUUUCCAAAAUGUAACGAGGCUGACAUACUCUCAGAAUCAUCAUCUGUCUGGCAAAGGAGAAGGAAUCAUUAUUGCUCCUCAUGUGGCUGGGCAUCUCUUGGGAGGCACUGUCUGGAAGAUAACAAAAGAUGGGGAAGAUGUAAUAUAUGCUGUUGACUUCAAUCAUCGUAAAGAAAGGCACUUAAAUGGAACUGUUCUAGAAUCAUUUGCUAGACCAGCUGUCCUGAUAACAGAUGCCUAUAAUGCUCUGAAUAAUCAGCCUUCUAGACGCCAAAGGGACCAAGAACUUUUAGAUGCUAUUCUGAAGACUCUAAGAGCAGAUGGAAAUGUACUACUUCCUGUUGAUACAGCUGGUCGAGUAUUGGAACUUCUUUUGAUAUUGGAACAGCACUGGGCACAACAUCAUCUGAACUAUCCAAUUUUUUUCCUCACAUAUGUCUCAUCGAGCACAAUUGAUUAUGUCAAGAGUUUUCUUGAGUGGAUGAGUGAUUCAAUAGCAAAGUCCUUUGAACAUACACGCGAUAAUGCUUUUCUGUUGAAGCAUGUAACCCUUCUCAUCAACAAGAGUGAACUUGAGAAAGUACCAGAUGGUCCAAAGAUUGUUCUAGUAUCCAUGGCCAGUUUGGAGGUGGGUUUUUCUCAUGAUAUAUUUGUUGAAUGGGCAAGUGAUGCCAAGAAUCUCGUGCUUUUUACAGAAAGAGGCCAGUUUGCUACAUUAGCCCGCAUGCUUCAGGCAGAUCCUCCUCCUAAAGCUGUAAAAGUGACCAUGUGCAAGAGGGUUCCAUUGGUUGGAGAGGAGUUAAGAGCUUAUGAGGAAGAACAGAAUCGAAUAAAAAAAGAAGCUCUAAAAGCUAGCCAAAGCAAAGAGGAAGACCUAAAAGCAUCUCAUGGAUCUGAUGCUAAUUUGGGGGAUCCAAUGGUCAUUGAUGCAAUCAAUGCUCAUUCUUCAUCAGAUGUGACUGGCCCACAUGGUAGUGGGCAACGGGACAUCUUAAUUGAUGGAUUUGUUCCUCUAUCCACUAGUGUUGCCCCGAUGUUUCCCUUUUUUGAGAACUCUGCUGAAUGGGAUGACUUUGGUGAGGUCAUUAAUCCUGAUGAUUAUGUAAUCAAGGAAGAAGACAUGGAUCAAACAUUUAUGCAUGUCAGUGGGGAUCUGGAUGGAAAACUUGAUGAAAGCGCUGCUAACUUGAUACUUGAUUCAAAACCUUCGAAAGUUAUUUCAAAUGAAUUGACAGUGCAAGUUAAGUGUUCAUUAAUAUACAUGGACUUUGAGGGCCGUUCUGAUGGCCGGUCAAUAAAAUCAAUUCUUGCACAUGUGGCCCCACUGAAACUUGUUUUGGUGCAUGGAUCAGCAGAGGCAACUGAGCAUUUGAAGCAGCAUUGCUUGAAACAUGUUUGCCCCCAUGUGUAUGCUCCUCAGAUUGGUGAAACAAUUGAUGUCACCUCGGAUUUGUGUGCUUACAAGGUGCAACUUUCUGAAAAGUUGAUGAGCAAUGUACUCUUCAAGAAGCUUGGUGACUAUGAGAUAGCUUGGCUAGAUGCUCAAGUAGGGAAAACAGAUAAUGACAUGCUUUCCCUGCUUCCUCUUUCAACCCCACCUCCACCACACAAAUCUGUUCUUGUUGGUGAUUUAAAGUUAGCAGAUUUCAAGCAAUUCCUUGCAAGCAAGGGUGUCCAGGUAGAAUUUGCUGGUGGUGCCUUGCGAUGUGGUGAGUAUGUGACAUUGCGAAAAGUUGGAGAUGCUGGGCAGAAGGGUGGUGGUACUGGGACUCAGCAAGUGGUACUUGAAGGCCCUUUAACUGAAGAGUAUUAUAAGAUCCGAGAUUAUCUCUAUUCACAGUUCUAUUUGCUAUGACCCAAGGUGUGAAACUUGUGAUGGUUUUUGUUGAUGGGAAAGGCGGUGCUAAAGAAGCCUUCAACUGUUCAGAAAAUAAUGAUUUUCGUGGUAAGGAAUGCAGCUGGCUGAUGGAUUUCGCCACUGUUCCCUAUUUUGUUUUGAGGCUGCCUUUCCCAACUCCCAGACUGUACUUUUGUAUCUCUUUUUUCAACCAUCUUUUUGUCUGUAAUAGUAAUUUUUUAUCCAGUAAUUAGUUCUGACACAGAAGGAACAGCUUGUUUGUCCUUGCUUCUUUUGUCAAGAGGACGGAUUAAUGCUAGUAAUUAAUAAAGGGCUAUUAAAAAAUGGGGUGUAACAAUUCAGCUCUGAA